GUCACCACCACCCAAAGUUCGAUAUCGGACCAGCCAUUUUAUAUUUCAUAAGGUAAGCAUCACAGCGCUGAGCCCAUGAUGCCACUGCCCUGCGUGGGACAAUCUCGCCCCCCCAUUCACGAUGGAUCUCAUCGAAGCCAAAGGAACAGGUCUUGGCCGACGCUUGCGAGAAUGGGGUAACUCUCGAGCUUUUAGAUAAAUACAACUCGACCGCGGCGCGGGGAAGCAAGCGACGGAAUGUUGCGAAUCGCCUCUGCUGAUUUUCUCCUUCUCUUCCUCUUCAACUGCUACCCCGCCAUACGGUUCGUCUAAGAGAGCAAUAAUAAUACAUACAGAGGUAGCAAACAGCGGCUCGCCAUGUCUUCCAAGCAUUUCGCCAACGAGCCUCUGGCUCUCGUCAAUGCCGCCCUCCGCUCGGCCACCUACACCAACCCCUCCAUUGGCUUUGAUGCCGCGCAAAAGACUGUCUUCCUUCGCGAUGCCGCUUCACAGCCUACCAUUGCCCUGAUCUCAGGCGGCGGUUCCGGCCACGAGCCCUCGUUUGCGGGUUUUGUCGGUAAAGGCUUUCUAACCGCUGCUGUUGCCGGCUCUGUCUUCGCCUCUCCUUCUGCCGAGCAGGUCUUUCGCGCAAUUCGCCGUGUAGGCGCGGAACAGCCACAGCGAGGAGUGUUAGUCUUGAUUAUGAAUUACACCGGCGACAUGCUGCAUUUUGGCAUGGCAGUCGAGAAGGCUCGCGCCGAGGGCAUCAAGACUGAGCUUUUGGUUGUGGGAGAUGACGUUGGUGUAGGCAGGAAACGUGGCGGACGAAUUGGCAGGAGAGGUUUGGCUGGAACAGUCCUCGUGCAAAAGAUUGCGGCUGCCGCUGCUGCUCAGGGACAAUCUCUAGAGCAGGUCUCCCAGAUCGCCACCCUUGCUUCUGACAACCUUGCCACUGUUGGCGCUUCUCUAGCCCAUGUCCACGUUCCUGGCCGUGAAAUCACCCCCGAUGAGCUUGGCGAUGAAAUUGAAAUCGGCAUGGGUAUUCACAACGAGGAGGGCUUCGGCCGUGUUAAGACGACCUUGAAGGGCCUCGUUGAGACCAUGCUGAAGCAGCUCCUCGACCAGUCAGACAGUGACCGCGCCUACAUCAAUGUAAAGUCUGGAGAAGAAGUGGUUGUCAUGGUAAACAAUCUCGGUGGUAUAAGCCCCCUCGAGCUUGGUGCCAUCACAACGGAGGUCAUCGACCAGCUCGACGCCUCUUACAAAAUCAAGCCAUCAAGACUGCUUAGCGGUACAUACAUGACCAGCUUGAACGGCCUGGGCUUCAGCAUUACGAUUCUCAAGGUGGCGGAUAAGGCUAUUUUGCCAUUGAUUGAUGCUCCCGCCGAUGCUGCUGGCUGGUCACCAGCUGUCCGUCCUGAGAAUUGGGCUAACGGCAUUGACACCACCAAGGCGGAGAUCAAGGAGGAUGCCCCGUCCCAAGAUGAUUCAGCUCCCAGCAACCUUGACUUGGACGCUGCAUUUACCAUUUCCCAGCUGCAGUCAGCUCUCAAGAGCCUCAUUGUCGCAGAGCCCGAAGUUACCAGGUUUGAUACUAUUGUGGGCGACGGUGACUGCGGACUCUGCCUCAAGACGGGCGCUGAGGCUGUCCUUAAGCAUCUCGAAACCGUCUCCUCAUCUGGAGACAUUGAUACGGUGCACUUUGUCCGAAACAUUGCCCAAGUCAUUGAGUCAAGUAUGGACGGCACUUCAGGCGCGCUGUACGCCAUCUUCGUCAACGCUCUUGCUUCAGGCCUCCAGGGCCAGGCUAGCAGCCAAAAGACCGCUGUUACUCCCAAGACUUGGGCUACCGCUCUUCAGGCUGCCCUCAAGAGCCUGGCCAGGUACACCCCUGCUCAGCCCGGUGACCGCACCGUGGUGGAUGCGCUUGUGCCGUUUGUCAACACGCUGGCCGAGACACUUGACGUACAAAAGGCUGUCGAGGCCGCAAGGAAAGGCUCAGAUUCCACAAAGGGCAUGGAGGCCAGCCUGGGGCGAUCAGUCUAUGUCAAUGCCGAGGGAUGGAAUGAGUGUCCCGAUCCUGGCGCGUAUGGCCUGGUGAAGCUGUUGGAAGGCUUCCUGGGUCACCUGAAUUAGAGUAGCUGUUGGUAUGGUUGAUAGAUUAUGCGGGAGAGUUGCUAGAUGGAGAAUACAUCUCGCCGCUGCUUAAGCUGUAUAUAGUAAAAAGAACUGAAUAUUUACUGCCCCGGA